AUGGACUCUAACUUUCUUGAAGAUGAACAAUUCAAUAACAACACAUGGGAUGAAUACUCUGAUUAAAUGAUUUGUCCCUCACCUCUUUUGCUUGGGCAUCCUUAAAUUAAAAAGUUCAAUGAUGAAGACGAACUUUCUCUCAUUCAUCUCUAAUAUCAUACUGAUACAUUAGAUGAUGAUUAAAGUCAAUUUAAUUAACUUUCUCAAACUAAUUAAACUACCAUCAAAAAGAGAAUUCAAAAAAUUCAUAAAGGAACCUCAAUUAAAAAAAAUAAGAAUCAAUCUUCAAUAAAUAAAGCACUUAAUGACUUUAUUUCUUAUGUUAAUCUUUCAGAAGAUAAUACUUCAAAAUAAAUUCAUUAUUGUAAAUAAAUGAAGUUACUUAUUGACAAUCUUGAAGGAAUCCUUUCCACAAUCAAAUAUAAAAUUUUGGGCUAGUAUCAAAAGUAGAUAAAUUAGGAAAAUUGA